AUAUCCUGCUGCUCCUAAGAAAUCAAAAUGGCGGGAACCUUGAAAUAGUCUCGAAUUUUACCUCUUGCUGUGAUGCUCGUCCAUUCCCUUUUCAUUAGUAUUUCUUGCUGCUAUUUCCAUCAGUUAUCGAGAUAUGUACGGAGGACACAGCCAAUUUGAUGGAAACGCCGCUUUCGCCGGCGGUGGUUUCAUGCCCUCUCAAGCCACUCAAACCACGGCUGAUGCCUCCUAUUCUCCUGCAAAGAAUCGUGAUACGCAGACCUUGAUUCCACUGACAGUGAAGCAAAUAAGUGAAGCCUUUCAUUCUAGUGAUGACAAAAUGAAUCUUCUCGUAGAUGGAGUUGAGGUUAACAAUGUAAAGAUGGUGGGAUUAUUAAAGAAUAAAACUGAAAGGGUAACUGAUAUUCAAUUCGUUGUAGAUGAUGGCACGGGCUGCAUUGAUUGUUUCAGAUGGGUAAAUGAGGCUGUUGAUAGCAAAGAAAUGGAAAGAGUGAUGGAUGGCAUGUAUGUUGUUAUUCAUGGUCACCUGAAAGGCUUUCAGGGUAAAAAGCAAAUGAUGGUCUACUCUGUCAGGCCUGUCACCGAGUAUAAUGAGAUUGCAAACCACUUUGCUGAUUGUAUAUACGUGCACUGCUACAAUACCAGGUUACGGAAGUUGCAAGAAAAUACCAGUACUUCAGUUAAUGUGCCAAACUCAGGUUUCAACACUCCUGUGAAGGGUUACCAGCCUUCCCUAUCAAAUCAGUUCUCUGGGCAACACACUGUUGAUAGAUUGGAGGGAGUUGAGAAAUUGAUUUUGGACUAUUUGCAGCAGCCAGCAUUGCUUGAAAGUGUGAAGGGGGCAUCACGCGAUGAACUUGCCCAGCGACUGAAUGUGCCUUUGGAAAGAAUCCUAAAAGCUAUUGAAUGGCUUGAAUGUGAAGGGUUUAUUUACUCAACAAUCGACGAGUUUCACUUCAAAUCCAUUACCAAUGGCUGAAAUGCAUUACUUGGUUGCAAUGAUAGAAGGGGCGUCCUCUCCAUCUUAGUUUUGUGUAAUAUAUAGGCUUUGAUUGUAAUAUGUAAUUUAAGCCGUUUGAAGCCAAAUUUUUGUAAGCUGAGGAUAAUCGGAUGGGGAAUUACAUGAGAAGGGGUGUCUGUUUAUUACAAUACUGCUUUGGAGAAA